AUUCCUAUCUCCAAUUGUACGGGCGGUCUAAAUUUUUCCAAAACUAAAGAACUUUGCCCUCGCGCAUCUUCUGCUCUGUUUUGGGGUUUACUUGUUUUGUCAUCUCUUAUUAUUAUUGGAGCAUAUGUUAUAUACCGAAAACGCAAUCGUCAUUUUGGAUAUUCGACUUUAGGGCAUAUUCGUAUUGGAGACUCUCUAAGUUCAAUAUCAUCAUUUUUUUCGAGCAUACUAUCAGUUGCUAUGGAUCUCAUUUCAUUGAUCAGAGUACCGACAUUUAUUUCGCAAAUAUUUUCGAGGACUCCAACACCAAGUUCGCGCUCUAGAUAUCGAUAUAGUCCUCUGUCACAAGAUGAUCACAAUGAAAAUCAAUUCGAAGUCUCGUUAGAUGAUUACAAUAAUGAUCGCGAAUAA